CUCGAGGUCCUCGAGCAGUUGCUAGCUGACCAUGAUGCCCUCCAGCUGCAUCUGGUGUCACCCCUGCCCAAUGCCUCGUCAUCUGCAACAAGACGCAUCAUCUCGUCCUUUGGCCCAGAGUCCAACAUCAAUUUCCACCACUGCAUCUACCGUGACGCCAGCACCGAGGCGGCUAGCAGUUAUAUCAUCCGCAGCGAGGAGUCAGGUAGCCGUACCCUUGUUAACUAUAAUGACCUACCAGAGAUGACCCGGGACGAGUUUGAGCCCAUCGCGCGGAGCUUCGAUCCGGGCCAGGAGACGUGGUGGCACUUUGAGGGCCGAAUCCCUGACACGACUCUGAAGUGCAUCCGUCUCCUGCGUAACGUGCGACCAAGCGCGCAGAUAAGUGUCGAGGUAGAGAAGCCGGGCCGCGAAGGUUUGUUGGAGCUGGCGGCCGAGGCAGACGUCGUCUUUUACUCGCGGAGCUGGGCCGAGAGUCGAGGACACCGGUCUCCGGAGGCCUGCCUGAGAGCUGAGGGACACCGCAAGGCGUCGCUGGCACUGUGUACGUGGGGUGCAGACGGAGCCGCUGGUCUGUCUCGGUCCGCAGGCGAGUGUUUUCGCUGCCCUGUCCAGGGCGAAGCCGGAGGAGACAUAUCCGUGGUCGAUGCGGUGGGAGCCGGGGACACCUUCAUAGCUGGAAUGCUGUACGGGCUGCUAUGCCACCCCGGCGACUGGAGCACCGGGGAGAAGCUGGGUUUCGCCGUCCGACUGGCCACACUGAAAGUGCAGCGAGAGGGGUUCGCUGGGCUCGGGGCAGACAUACUGGGGACUUGGAUGCGGUCGAGUGCCAGAUUGGUCCCCUCUGCCGCCUAG